AUGUCCAAGCAAGACGACAAGACUCCCGUCCGCGACACGGCGGAAGAUGACGCCUACUUCCCCUCACCCUUCUCUCUCACGCAGUACGUUACCGCCAAGACAGACUUUGAUGGCGCCGACUAUCCAAACAAGUACACCGGCGGCAAGUGGAAGAUCCUCAUGAUUGGUACCCAGGAGCGCUAUCUCAAAAUGGCAGAUGGCAAGUUCUUCUCCACAGGUAAUCACCCAGUUGAGAUGCUUCUGCCUAUGUAUCACCUCGACGCUGCUGGCUUUGAUAUUGAUGUCGCUACACUCUCGGGAGAUCCAGUCAAGCUCGAGAUGUGGGCCUUUCCUCAAGAGGAUGAGGCUGUCAAGUCGAUUUACGACAAGUACAAGCAGAAGCUUCGCAGCCCGCUCAACCUGUCUGAGGUCUGGAAUGGCAAAGACGGGAAGGGGUUUAAUGAAGAUACGCCAUAUCUGGCAGUCUUCAUUCCAGGCGGUCAUGGCGUGUUGAAUGGCAUACCCUUCAGUAAGACCGUUGGCGACGUUCUCCGCUGGGCUCACGCCAAUGAUCGCUUCUUUAUCACCCUCUGCCAUGGGCCUGCCAGUAUCCUCGCCGCGGAUGUUGGCAAGCCUGAGGGGUCCAAAUUUAUCUAUGACGGAUACAGCAUCGACGUGUUCCCCGACUCACUGGAUCAGGGAGCUAAUAUCGACAUUGGCUAUAUCCCAGGCAAGAUGGAGUGGCUGGUUGGUGAGCGACUGAAGAAGCUCGGUGUUACGCCGAUCAACAAGACUAUCUCUGGUGAAUGCCAUCGGGAUCGUCUGCUAUUGACUGGUGAUUCUCCACUGGCAUCGAAUAACUUGGGCAAGCUGGCAGCUAAGACGCUGCUGGAGGAGGUGAACAAGUAG